AUGUCGCCUGCCGAAGAUGUCAUUCGCAGAAGAUCAAAUGCUCGGGGUCUCAGCCUUGCGAAGCGUGUUGCUUGUCAAAUUAUCGAGAUCGAUGCGAAUUUCCUGCCAGGGAUCGCAAGAUAUCGGUAUCAGAGACGUGGGUCACCACGUAUUCCCCCCAACAUUCCGGUUCGUUUACGAACAACGUACCCUAGAUACAUCAAAAAGCUGGAGAGGGAGCUACAUGAGCUGAGAGCUGAGCAAAAGCGACCGCGAGCUCCCACACCCUCUGAGACUACCGAUGAGAUAUGCGGUGCUUCAAAUCAUCAAGCCCAACUAACAGCAGCUUUCCCCGAUACGGAUGUUUCAAAUCCCUUGCUGGGAUCGCCUGCUGGUUUUGUUGCGGCUGGCUCUGCUUCAUUAUCAGUAUAUGUUGGAGAGGGGUCCAGUAUUGCUUUUGGAGAUACUGUGCUAAAAUACGUGGAUAAAGAUACGGAUCUUGCCGCCGUGCCUCCUGCAGCAUACUUCGAACACGAAACCUUCAAUCGCCUUCUUCGACCAGGUGUGACCGUACCCGAUCGCAUCAAGUCUCGCUUGCUGGUAGAAGUUGCGAUCCGGUUCAUAGGAACCGACUUUCAUCUCGUUAUGAAAAGGUCUUUUUUUGAAACACUAGACCGAGUGUGCACAGGGAAAGGGCCACACGACCUUGUAUGGGUGUGCAAGUACUUUGCUCUGUUGGCACUGGCCAUGAGAAUGGCUUUGACGAUGGGACUUCAUCGAAGUCUGCCGACUGAAGCCGCAUUCCCUCCAAUAGAGCGCGAACACCGAAGGCGUGUUUGGUGGACGCUAUAUACUUUGGACAGGCUGUGCAGCUCGAUUUUAGGAUAUCCGCUCCUCAUAAGUGACUCCGCAAUCGAUGUGGAAUUGCCGUCAAAUGAUGGGCUUACCGCCACUGACCAGGAGGAGUUCGCAGAUCCGGCACAUUUGGUUGCAAAUGUCAAGCUUGCUCGGAUCACAGGUCAGAUUCGUAAGAUCAACCUUGCCCACCGGACAGAUUACACAGAGUUGACAACUGCCUUUCUAGUUAGCGACAUAUACUGUCUACCACACCGAAGCCAGGAGAACUUCGUACAAAGAGUCCACCGAGUUCUCCUAAGCUUGCAAAAAUGGGAUGAUGAACUGCCCCAGAGUCUGGUUUUACGACAAGCCAAUCUGCCUCGCAACGUCACAAGUCUUCAUCUGCACUAUAACCAGAGUGUCAUUUCAACCACUCGACCUAUUCUGCUCUAUUUAUUCAAAACCCGUUUCUCCCUCAAUUCCACCACAAUGGAGGCUACACCUAGGAGCUUUUCAUCCACAACUCUUGCCCUGGCAGAAAGCUGUGUUCAAGCUGCCAGGGCUUCGAACUCCAUUUUGUCAAGAUGCUUUGUUGAGGGCACUCUUGCAUCAUUUGGCUAUCUUGAUGCGCAUUAUCUAUUUUCUUCAACCUUGAUUCUGAUUAUCUCCGCUGUCAUGGAUCCUAACGUGAUCGUUUCAGACGCCGUUUCAUACGCUUUCACUAUCAUGAAGGCUAUGAAGGAAGAUGGGAAUCUACCUAGCUGUGACUACUAUGAGAGAUUGCAGCGUACGAAGGUGAGUGUGGGGAAAUUGAAAGAAACUUGUAACGCACAGGUGCGCUCACUGGUGGUCCCCGAGAACAACCAAAGUCUGGAUAUACAGCCAUCCGAAGUGGUGGAUAGCCAAGAACUGGGAUUCGGUGAAGGCCUCCCUCUGAACCAUCCCUUGAUUCAUAGCUUUUUAGCCGACCAGGGGUUAUGGGCUAACGGAAUGCUUCCCCGAGGAUCAUUUCUUGAGGGACUUGGCCUGCGACCUGGACGAUGA